AUGCCUUACCACGAUGAGGAGUAUCCGGGUCAGCCUCUGUGGCAGUCGGUGCUGCUCUUCUGCUGUAAGGGUAUGAUCGAGGGCAUCAUGGUCAUACUCUUCUUCUGGCUCCUGGUGCAGGUCCUUUUCACCAAACAACUGGAAGUUCACCUCCAAAUCCUUCUUUUGGUCGGACUGAUAGCUUUUUGUCUCAGUUUGUGCCUGGGAUGUGUCCUGUGCUGGAGAAGUCAUAUGAGUGAAGUGAAAGACAAAGAUGCUGUGACUUCAGUACCGGCUCCUGCUGAACCUUUGACCUUUGUCCAGAGCCCGCCUCCCUCAUUGCCAAGGCAGCAAUACGAGGAGCUGGACGGAGACAUAGUGGAGUACCCCUCCACUUUCACCAGCCCUGCCCCUUCUGUGUCUGAAUUGUCCUCUCUGCCAUUCUCUCAACCAGCUAGAGCUGCCUCUGAACAGACGCACCAGCCAAAGUCUUAUUUCUCCCUGCGUCGCCUCAACACAACACCACAAACAGCCCCCCUUUACAAAGCCCUUGAUCCCAGCCAUGCUUCCCUGCCUGCAUUUCCCAAACUGGGACAGUUGUCCAAAAAAUGUAAGACUCUGCAGAGGCGCUGCAUGGUGACUGGAGAUAAAAUAUCUUACAAUGAACACAGCCGGCUCACUGGCCCCAGUGCUGUCUCUCCUUCAAUGCCUGAAGAACGAAUCCCACUGGCUCAACUGAGCUAUGGCUCCAGUGCCAGCUGCCAACAGCCACUAUCACCAAAUCCCUGCCUCAAUUUCACUAUGGCUUUCUCUCCUGAUCAACAAACCCUGGCAGUGACUGUGCUCUGCCUCACUGGGACGCCCCACAGGCUGCAGGAUGUGUCUGUGCUGGGCAGCCUGCCGCCUCUCUACCCCUGUCCCAUACAGGCCUCUGCCCAGAGCAGCCUCAGCUCAGAGACCCACAGCCUGGUGCUGCUUUUGAAGGUGAGCUCUGUGAAGGAGCUUAUGAGGUGUGUCCUGAGAAUAGCCAUAUACACACGGGAACCCCCCAGCAUGAGAGGCACCACGCUGGCUGAACUGGAGGCUGAAUGUGGAGGGAGAGAUUGGGGAUCAGAGCAACAAUUUCACUUCACAAAGGAGCUCGAUCUAAACAAGUGGAGGACAAAAAAGAGUCUGAUAUCACACGAUGCACCUCCCUGUAAAGUGCUAAGCUGUCCUCCACAGAUCUACAUUUUGCUUCAGUAUCAGACUACGGACCACCGCAUCAAAGCCACGGUCCUCAGAGCAGAAAACCUAGAAAACCUCGUCCACUCGCUGGCAGCAGCAGAAUACCAGGUGGUGAUCAAUCUGCAUAAUAAAGGAGUCAUGAUCAGCAGCAGAGAAACUACUCUGUGGGAUUCUUCUUUCCUAUUUGACCUGCCUCCAUUUGAGAUCACUCAGCUGCCCCUCCUGCUUGAGUUUGUUAUCAUGCAGGUCAUUCCUGAAGGGAAAGCUGUCGGUCGAGUGCUUAUCGGAGCAGAGGCUGCAGGUGCAGGACUCGCUCACUGGAGGGACAUGUGCAGCCUGCAGGUGGAGCAGGCACGCUGGCACAUUGUACAACCAGAGUGUCUAUAGAGUGCUGACACUCACGAAAAACUUUGGGAGCAGUGGACCUGAUGUAUUGUUGGAACUCAGUGGGUAUCCGAAGUUAAAAAUAUCAUGUCACCCUUGCCAUAAAGGACACACAGCUGGUGUUUACAUUGUAUAUCAAAUUGUUUGACUACUGAGAGUUCAUUUGUGUGUAUAUAUAUGUAUAUGGGCAAUCAGCAAUAGCCUUAGUAAUGGCCUUAUUUCAAUGGAUCAACCUGUUAAUACUCAGUUGGGAAGGUACUGUAAGUGCACAAAACAACCUUUGUAGAGUUCAGAAUGCAUGGUCUUCUAACAGAACAAUGUAUGUCGUCUUUCUAAAUGGAUCUUUUACAUUUUUUGGAGAACUUAAUAAUAUCUUAUAACCAUUCAGUCACUCGAUAUGUAAAUAAAAGGAAAAACAUAAAGCUACUUGAAGUAAUCGUUUAAGUCCUGCUUAACAUCAGUCCUUGUUACUAAAAUCCAUGCAAUACAUUUAUUUUUUCAUGUGCAUAUGGAAUUUUAUUAUUACUCUAAGAUCCUUUUUUUAAAUAUCGUGUUGGCUGUUGGACUUUCUGAAUGAUGUGAAGAACGGUAGUUUGU